CAUCUUCGUUGUAACAGCGCAAAUAUUUGUAAAUGCUUUAAGAGCAAAGAAAAUUGAAAGCGUCGGCGUUUUCUCUCUGAUAGUAUUCGACGAAUGUCACCACUCAAACAAACAAGACAUGUAUAAUGAAAUCAUGAGCCGAUAUAUUAACAUAAAACUGUGGGGAAACGUUUAUUCUUCACAACUGCCACAAAUUGUUGGACUAACUUCAUCGUUGGGUGUUGGUGGAAGGACGGAGUGGGACCAAGGUCUAAAUCACAUGAAGAAACUAAUGGCUAACAUUGACGCAAAAUUCCUCUGCACUGUGAAAACGCCACUUACAAUUGUGGAAUUGAAAAAGUUUGUGAACCCGCCGGUUGAAGAUCAAACUUUGCUUUCCCGGAAAUGAUGUUCUCAAUUUGAACGUUAAUUCUACAUGACGAUUUCAAGUA